AUGUUCGCCUAUGAGAACACACAGUUCGCUCCUCCGGUGGACACACCUACCAGACUGGAACAAAGACCACCCAUUGCCAGAAACGGCGGAUCUUUCAUGGCUACACAAAAAGGUUGGCCUCCUUUCGUACCAGGAUACUUCGGUCCGUUCUCACUUCCCCCACGAAGAGAAUCAGCAAUUUUAGAUCUGAAGGAGAAACGGGACGGAAAGGACGCCAAAUGUGGAAACCCGCGAUGGGCAGAGGCGUCCUGUCCGCUCCCAUACCACACUCUCUACUUUGACCCACAAGUUAAAGGAGAUUGGACGCACUUUCAAAGAUUCAUGCCACCAGGUCAAAGCGGUGCGCCUAGACAUUGGCCCACAUGA